AUGUCUGAGCCCAUCAGAAAUAAGAAGGCGGAUUUCCCGGUCGCCCCGACGCCGCAGAACACUCCGGCCAACAAUGCACCCAUCUCCUCUCAUGCCCAACAGCCUGGUGUUGCGAGCAUCAAAGAAGAAAACCUGGACCAUGCGGCCGCCGCGUCCCUAUUCGCAAGAAACCCUGCGCUCGUGUCCAUGAUCCAAGGCAAGCUGGGAUCGCUUGUGGGCCGCUCAUCUGGCUACAUCGAGUCUCUUCCCGCUCCCGUCCGCCGACGUGUUGCUGGUCUGAAGGGCAUCCAGAAAGAACAUGCCAAGCUGGAGGCUCAGUUCCAGGAGGAGGUUUUGGAGCUGGAGAAGAAGUACUUUGCCAAGUUCACCCCUCUGUACCAGCGCCGUGCCACGAUAGUCAAUGGUGCCGCUGAGCCCACCGAUGGUGAGGUGGAAGCCGGCAAGGUCGACGAAGAAGAAGAGGAGGAAGAAGAGGAAACCGCCGCCAAGGGCGAGGAAGAGUCCAAGGAUGACAAGGAGACCUCCACGGCUGGAAUUCCUGAGUUCUGGCUCUCUGCUAUGAAGAACCAGAUCUCUCUGGCGGAGAUGAUUACGGAGCGAGAUGAGGAGGCUCUCAAGCACCUCACUGAUAUUCGCAUGGAAUACCUCGACCGCCCUGGAUUCCGCCUCAUCUUUGAAUUCGCCGAAAACGACUUCUUCACGAACAAGACCAUCUCGAAGACGUACUAUUAUAAGGAGGAGAAUGGAUACGGUGGUGAUUUCAUCUACGAUCACGCUGAGGGAACCAAGAUCGAUUGGAAGCCCAACCAGGAUCUCACUGUCCGCGUGGAGAGCAAAAAGCAGAGAAACAAGAACACCAAGCAGACUCGCGUUAUCAAGGUUACUGUGCCCACUGAGUCCUUCUUCAACUUCUUCUCCCCGCCCCAGCCCCCUACCGACGACGAUGAUACCGUUGCCACCGACAUCGAAGAGCGCCUCGAGCUCGAUUACCAGCUUGGAGAGGACAUCAAGGAGAAGCUCAUCCCCCGCGCCAUUGACUGGUUCACUGGUGAGGCUCUCCAGUUUGAGGAGCUGGGCGAUGACAUGGAUGCGGACGACUUCGAUGACGAGGACGACGAGGAUGAUGACGACGAAGAGGAGGAUGAUGACGACGAAACGCGAUCGGACCGGGAUGUGGACGAUGAUUCCGAUGAGGAGGUUCGUACUUCAGUCCCAACCGAGGCCUUCAGUCCUUUUCAGAGGCUAACAAAUCAGCAGGACGGUACCUCGAAGCCCAAGAAGGAGGCGGCGGAAUGCAAACAAAACUAA